CUUUGUUUUUAAGGCGCUGAUGGUUGAUUCGAGAGUUUAGUUACACAUAUUAUCUGAACAAGCUUUGAAGCCUCCUUCUAUGCCAGUGUGUAUAAAGGUUGCUUCGAAAUAAGGGUACUCUUCGUUUGACAAGCUUCGAUCGAUUAAGAUACUCAUAUUCUUUGAUCUCACCUAACCCACAUAUCUGCGCACCUUGAGGUACAUCGACGCGAUGAAUUUUAUCUACGGAUUUCUCCUCCUUUUGGGUUGCUUCAGCAUCACUCCUGGGGUUUACUCAGUAUGUUCAAUUAACGAAGCACCGAUCGAUAUAAAAUGGGUGGAUAUGGUUGGAACGUGUACGAAAAGACUGAAGGAUCAGGUUCAACUGGAAAUCUCCGCAUCUAUGACAUAUCUUGCUAUGAGUGCUCACUUUGCUCGCGAUAGUAUUAGCAGACCUGGAUUCAGUAAGUUUUUCUCACAUGCCGCGGAUGAAGAACGUGAACAUGCGAUCAAACUUAUUGAAUAUCUGUUAAUGCGUGGAGAUGUAACCAAGAACUUCCAACAACUACUAACAUUCCCGCUGCAAGUGUCUUCAAUGACAUGGGCUGAUGGAGCAGCAGCACUUAAAAGUGCUCUCGCAACGGAAGUUGACGUUACAACAAAUAUUCGAAGUAUAAUUAAACACUGCGAAAAUCCAGGUGCAAAUGCUAAGAAUGAUUAUCAUUUGGUAGAUUGGCUUACUGGUGAUUUCCUAGAUGAGCAAUAUAAAGGGCAGCGUGAUCUCGCUGGAAAAUACACAACUCUUCAAAAGAUGAUGGACACUUAUGGUCCUAUUGGAGAAUUUUUGUUUGAUAAGAAACUGCUUAAUGGAGAAGUGUAAGACACAUGUUUGAUGCAAGAGCGAGGAACUGUGUUUGAUUUUAUUUUUAUUACAAAUCAGUCAUAUUCAAAAUUGAAUCAGAGUGUCAAUAAUAUUCAACCGCGUAUAUGGUAAUGUAGUAACUCUUGGUUUUACCAACACCGUAUGUUUAAUAUGCCAUAAUUAAUUUAUGGGAUAUAAUGCAAUGCAUCGUCAGUACUAAAAAUGUACUGGAAGUAAAACAUCUCAUCAACAACUCACUGGAAUAAGCGGAAUAUAAAAUAGCUGUUGGCACUGCCAGAACAUACUAUAAAAAAUAUAUGAAUACGCCCUAUAUUCUCUGAUUUACUAUUAUUAUUUCUGAAUAUGGCUUAAAUAGUAUGUGCGCAUAGUAGUUUUAAGACAAUGUAUAAAGUAAAGAGUUUAUAGUGUUUGUUAUUCGGUAAUAAUUUUCAUAAUGUAAAUGCUAUUGAGUGAAUAAACAAAUACCGCUCUAACUUA